AUGAACGGACCACGUCCUUCGACUCGCGUGUUCCUGUCUGAUCUCACAACCCUACCGACGGACACAAAGAUCCGCUUCCUCGGCUGUGUGACAAGGUAUACUGUGGCAACAGGACACUUGAACCUGGAACACAAUUAUCCACGAAGCAAGACAAGCCCAAGCGCGGUCUCUGUGGACAUUACGGGGAUCCUGGAAGACGUCACUGCGGAAGCACUGCGCAUUGGCACCUGGCUGAAUGUUCUGGGCUAUGUCAGAGAAAUUGAGCCAAUACAACCAACAUCAUCAUUCUCGUCGAAUUCUGGAGAUGCCAUGCGGCAAUCUACGAUCGACCCUCGACCUGUCUACAUCGAGGCUAUCAUGGUCUUCGCCGCUGGGGCCAUCGCAGUGGGAGAAUACGAGCGUAUCCUGCGCAGCUCUCAAGAUGUGGAACAGAUGAUUAAGUUGAAUAGCUAG